AUGCUGAACCCAAAGGUUAUCCUAUGUGUAUCCAUACUCAUUACCUUAUUUAUACCGCUAACAAAAAACUCGUCGAGUCCUCUUGCCGCGCAAAGCCAUCCUUCUUCGUCUUCCUUCAAAAUUAAAUUGCCGAGCAAAGAUGCGAAAGAAGAAAAGGAUUUUCAAGUUUUCCUUGAAAAUCCCGUCAUGGUCUUUAGUCGUCCAGGUUGCCCAUACAGUUCGGCAGCUAAGUCCAUGUUGACAGAAACACUCACCACGGAACCUGCUCCUGUCAUCGUCGAAGUCACAGAGUUCACCUACAUAAAUGAAUUGCGCUCGUGGUUGUCUUCUGUCAGUGAUGUUUCUACGCUUCCGAAUAUCUUUUUCGGUGGACAUAGCAUUGGUGGAUACGAUGACUUGCAAAAGUUAUAUCGCGAGAAUGAAGUCCAAGGCGAAUUAGAUCGUUGGACAUACAAUCAAGUCAAAGUUGUACCCAUUCAGCAGGCCUAA